UGACAGAGUAGCAUCCCAUGGCUCUGUAGCCCUGAUACUGCCUGCUGAGGGACCCCCCUGAGAUAUCUACAUCUGAUCUCUCCUUUUCUUCAUCAUCACAUUGAGAAAGAACUGAAACCAAUUCACCUCUGAACCCCAGGCCGUCUGUUCCAGCAAAGCCACAUCACCUGCAAUAAGAUUGGGUCUGAGAAGACUGCAACAGAUCAGAAUGGAUGUGUUUAUGAAAGGCUUUACCAAAGCGAAAGAAGGGGUGGUGGCUGCAGCUGAGAAAACCAAGCAAGGUGUAGCAGAAGCUGCAGAGAAGACCAAGGAAGGUGUUCUAUAUAUGGGAAGCAAAACCAGAGAUGGAGUAGUACAAGGAGUGACUUCAGUGGCUGAGAAGACCAAAGAGCAGGCAUCUCAUCUGGGUGGAGCUGUCAUGUCUGGUGCUGGGAACAUUGCUGCAGCCACUGGCCUAGUGAAGAAGGAUGAAUUUCCCUCAGAUAUAAAGCCUGAAGAAGGCCAGGAAGCUUUGGAAGAACCUGCUGCUGAACCACUGCUGGAGCCAGAAGGGGAGAACUACGAGGAAGCCUCCCAGGAUGAUUACCAGGAAUACGAACCAGAAGCAUAACAUCCCUUCACUCUGGACCCAGCCACCAGCAGCAUCAGCACAA